UCAUCUCAUAGCCGGCAGGAAGCAGAGAUUAAAAGGAAAAGCUGGAGAGAGAUGGACCCUCCAGGUCUUGCUCUCCAUUACCGACCUCUUCUGACCAGACCCCAGCUCCUCACAGCAAGUCAGUUAUAAGCCCGCUUUAACCAGACGCUUGUCAGAAGCUCGGCCUUUAAAGCGCAUGAAGCUCUGUGAGGAGGACAUCGAGAUAGAAACCAUAUUUCUGUAUUGACUGUGGCAUGCUUCACAGUGGCCAUGCCAUGGAGUCAGACUAGCUGCCCGUUAGCAGAUGCGUGAUUUAUAUGUCUACAGUGGAGUACUUACUCAGCCACAAUGGCCAGAAUCAUGCCGUUUCCAGGAAGAUGCAUGGGACUGGAACUCAUCAUGGUGAGCAAAGUGACGGACAUUGGGUUGUUUGUUAUUAAGAACUGUGCUGCUAUAAACAUGGGUGUGCCUCGAUUGCUGUGGUACGAAGUUUUUAAUUCUCUUGGGAAGAUUUCAAGGAGGGGAAUAGAUAAACUCUCAUUGGAAGGAAUAGUGGUUCAAAGAGCCGAAUGCCGACCUGCUGCCAGUGAAAACUACAUGAGAUUAAAGAGAUUGCAAAUUGAAGAAUCUUCCAAACCUGUAAGGCUGUCACAACAACUGGACAAAGUUGUAACAACCAAUUACAAACCUGUUGCUAAUCAUCAAUACAAUAUUGAAUAUGAAAGGAAGAAGAAAGAAGACGGAAAGAGAGCUCGGGCGGACAAACAGCAUGUUCUAGACAUGCUAUUUUCAGCUUUUGAAAAACACCAAUAUUAUAAUCUUAAAGACUUGGUGGAUAUCACGAAACAGCCUGUGGGAUACCUGAAGGAAAUCUUGAAAGAAAUUGGUAUUCAGAAUGUAAAAGGCAUCCACAAAAACACAUGGGAGCUGAAGCCGGAAUACAGGCAUUAUCAAGGAGAAGAAAAGAAUGAUUAAAGAGGUUGCAGCCCACGCAGAUGGAGCACCCCACAGGCCUCUCUGCGCAAACAGCAGUCUACGGGAUGCUUGGCCUCCCUGUUAACACUCCUGUUAACAUGGGAGUAAAAUGACUGGUACUUUAAUUUUCCUCUGUAAAAACAAAAAUUGUUUUUGGAGACAGAGUCUCAAUAUGCAGUUCAGUCCCUAGCCGAGGCUGACCGUGAACUCACAGCAAUCCUCCUGCCUCAGCCUCCCAAAUGCUGGGAUAACAGGUAUGCACCACCAUGCCCAACUUCAAUAAAAUUUUUUGGCCUAAAAUUCUA